UCCCAGGCCGCGGUUCAGCGCGGCGGGGUGCAGGGGCGCCUUCUCUCCCGCUCGCCCAGUUCUGCUCGCUGCGAUCCAGAAACUCUCCUGCUACACCGGGAAGCAGACUCCAGCUAUGCUGCCCGGGUGGGAACUGACUCUCUGCCUCCUUGUUUCCUUGGGCUUCCACUUCUGCUCUUUCUAUGAAGUUUACAAAGUCUCCAGAGAGCAUGAAGAGGAACUGGACCAAGAAUUUGAGCUGGAGAUGGAUACUCUAUUUGGAGGACUGAAGAAGGACCCGACUGAUUUUGAGUGGAACUUUUGGAUGGAAUGGGGGAAGCGGAGGCUGGUGUGGCUCUUCAUUGGCCAUAUGGCUGUGUCUCAGUUGGCCACGUUACUCACAAAGAAGCACAGACCCUGGAUUGUCAUGGUCUAUGGAAUGUGGGCCUGCUGGUGUGUGCUGGGGGCUCCAGGCGUGGUCAUGGUCCUUCUCCACAGCACCAUUGCGUUCUGCGUGGCUCAGUUCCGAUCCGUGUUCCUGUCCUGGCUGUGUUCUCUCCUUCUGCUCUCCACCCUAAGGCUGCAAAGUGUGGAGGAAGUUAAGAGAAGGUGGUACAAGACAGAGAAUGAGUAUUACCUGCUGCAGUUCACGCUCACUGUUCGCUGCCUGUACUACACCAGCUUCAGCCUGGAGCUGUGCCGGCAGCCUCCGUCUGCACAGGGUGCCUCCUAUUCUUACCCGUGGCUGCUGACCUACGUCUUCUAUUAUCCCGUCUUCCACAAUGGGCCCAUCCUUAACUUCCCGGAGUUCUUCAGACAGAUGCAGCAGCCAGAGCUCAGCUCUCUGCAGCACAGCUUCUGCAUUCUAGCCAAGGGUCUGGGCCGCCUGCUCUGCUGGUGGUGGCUGGCUGAACUGAUGGUACACCUCAUGUACAUGCAUGCCCUCUACAGCAGCAUCCCCCUCCUGGAGAGUGUUUCCUGCUGGACCUUAGGAGGACUGGCACUGGCCCAAGUGCUCUUCUUCUAUGUGAAGUACCUGGUGCUCUUCGGUGCCCCGGCUCUGCUCAUGCGCCUGGAUGGACUCACACCACCACCCCUUCCCCGCUGCGUGAGCACCAUGUUCAGUUUUACCGGGAUGUGGAGGUAUUUUGAUGUUGGACUACACAAUUUCUUAAUCAGGUAUGUGUAUAUCCCACUGGGCGGGUCCCAGCGUGGCCUGUUGGGGACAUUGCUUUCUACUGCGACAACGUUUGCAUUUGUGAGCUACUGGCAUGGCAGCUAUGAGGACCUCUGGUGCUGGGCAGCACUCAACUGGCUGGGAGUCACUGUGGAGAGUGGGGUCCGGAGGCUGCUAGAGACACCCUGCAUCCGGGAGACUUUGGCCCGGCACCUCUCCCCACAAGCCCGCCAUCGACUGCACGCUCUGCUCGCUGCCUGCUCCACCUCCAUGCUCAUCCUCUUCAACCUGGUGUUCCUCGGGGGAAUUCAAGUUGGAAAAACCUACUGGAACAGGAUCUUCCUGCAAGGGUGGCCAUGGGUGACUCUGUCUGUCCUGGGAUUCCUGUACUGCUAUUCACACGUGGGCAUUGCCUGGGCUCAGACAUACACAGUUCUUUAACUGUGUAUGGCUGCUGGUGGGCCAGCUCAGCCUCCAAGGGACAUGGCAUUUCAUCCUGACCUCUCACUCUGAGACCAUCCUCAAACCACCUUCCACUCCAGGACAGCCCCUGAGGGACCACCCUCCACUCCAAGACAGCCCCUGAGGGACCACCUUCCACUCCAGGACAGUCCAUGAGGGACCACCUUCCACUCCAGGGCAAUCCCUAAAAGACCACCCUCCACUUCAGAGCAAUCUCUAAGAGACCACCCUCCACUCCAGGACAGUCCCUGAAGGACUACCUUCCACUCAUCUUCUGGUGAAGACACUUCAUUCUAAGACUGGCAGCUUCAUCAAUCACAGUAAAUAUACAACUCAAACGUCUAGCUUUGGAGCCUCAAAGAUUUGUUUACGUGCCCUCCCCCACCCCUAGAAGCUUCCUGAUGCAUAAGGUACAGUCCAGAGCAGUCUAGGGUUUUUCCUGUCUAUACUUGUGAUAUUUGUUCUAGAACCUCCCAUGAACCUGUUUGGGUUUUUCUUCUCUACCAAAGAUUAGGUGUGGCAGAUGUGUGUUUUGAUAUGGAAGUCCUGGUUAGGGCUAGGCUUGCCAUCCUUGGGGUGUCUUUCUGAGAAAUUCUGGGGUACUUUGAUGACCUCUUUCUAUGUGCUGCCCUGGGGGCUCUGGACUAACCUUCACAUAAAUGGUCCUUAGAAGGGGAUCAACAGAACCAUAUUUCACAUUUCAAGUGACCCAGCUGGAGUGGAUGAUGUGUAGCUGGGGCUUUACAAAGAGUUCUAUAACUUGAACUUUAUUGGAGAGUCCACACAUGGCUGCUGCUUUUUGAGACCUGUAGCCAUGGAGGAGUGUGGUGGUUCCUUUCACAGCUGUUCUGCACGGAAGUGGAGUUUAAAAGCCAGAGAAUAAGAUGUGCACACACAGAUGGUGUUGUGCAAGGCCUCUGGGGAGAGUGACAUCCCAAGGUCCUAUGUCUUUUACUCAGUGUGUUUUAAGGCCUUAUUGUCAUUUAAAAAAACAAACAAACCUGUUUUUGCUACAUAGAUAAUUUUGAUUUUUUUCUAGGCUUAUUUUAGAUAUUUUUAAAUAAAAAUUUUGAGAUCU